GGCGAUCCUGUACGGCGACGUCACUUCCGGUAAAUUCGCGCUUCACUGUACUUUAGAAUCCCAGCUGAAGAGGUGUGCAUGUGGAAACCAGCUGUGUGAAGCUGCUGUGCUACCAUAGUACAUUAUUUAAAGAUCUACAGUUCGAGUUGAAGUGACUCUGAGCCAGUUGUCACUGAGAGGAGAAAUGGAUCAGAAAGGAGUUCAGCUGGACCAGGGCACCUUCUCUUGUCUGGUCUGCCUGGAUCUACUGAAGCAUCCAGUGACCGUCCCCUGUGGACACAGCUACUGCAUGAACUGCAUACACAGCCACUGGGACAAAGAGGUUGAGAACAGAGAAUACAGCUGCCCACAGUGUAAGCAGACCUUUACACUGAGGCCUGUAUUGGAGAAAAACAGCAUGUUGGAAGCUUUAGUGGAGAAACUGAAGACGACUGGACCCCAAGCUGCUCCUGCGGAUCAGUCCUAUGCUGGACCUGAAGAUGUCGCCUGUGAUGUCUGCACUGGGAGAAAAAGGAAAGCCUGUAAGUCUUGUCUGCAGUGUCUGGUCUCCUACUGUGAGAAAGACAUCAAGCCUCAUUUUGAAUCCCCCGUUUUUAAAAAACACAAGCUGAUGGAGCCCUCCAUGAGGCUCCAGGAGAGCAUUUGUUCUGUUCAUGAUGAGGUAAUGAAGCUGUUCUGCCGGACUGAUCAGCAGUGUAUCUGUUACCUCUGUGUUAUGGAUGAACACAAAUCCCACGACACAGUCACAGCGGCAGCAGAAAGGACUGAGAGGCAGAAAGAACUGAAGACAAGUAGCCGAAAUAUUCAGCGGAGAAUCCGAUACAGAGAGAACGAUGCGAAGCGGCUUCAACGGGAGGUGGACGCUACCAAUGGCUCUGCUGAUAAAGCAGUGGAGCACAUUGAGAAGAGGUUCAACCACCUGAUCCGUGUCAUGGAGAAAAGGCGCUCCGAAUUGAAGGAGCAGGUCAGAUCCCAGCAGGAAACUGAAGUGAGUCGAUUCAAAGAGCUUCAGGAGAAGGUGGAGCAGGAGAUCACUGAGCUGAAGGGGAAAGAUGCUGAGCUGCAGAAGCUGUCACUCACAGAGGAUCACAACCAGUUUCUACUGGACUACCCCUCACUGUCAACGCUCAGUGAAUCUACACAAUCACCCAGCAGCGACAACAGUGACGCCUCUCCUCUGAAACACUUUGAGGACGUGACAGCGGCUGUGACAGAAGUCAGCUAUAAAAUACUUAACGUCUUGAGAGAGAAAUGGACAGCGACUGAUGUGGAUGUUUCACUGUCAUCAAAACCAGAGCCCACAACCAGAUCUCAGUUCUUAAAGUAUUCAUGUGACCUCACACUGGAUCCAAACACAGCACACACACAGCUGAUCUUAUCUGAUGGGAACAAAAAAGUAAAAUUAAUGACACAACAUCAGCCAUAUUCUUGUCACACAGACCGAUUCCGUGAUAGAUGGCAGGUCCUGAGUAGAGAGACUCUGGCUGAACGUUGUUACUGGGAGGUGGAGUGUAAGGGGAAAGUUUUUGUGUCUAUUGCAUACAAGAGUAUCAAGAGGAAAGGGAGCUCAGACGAAUGUGUGUUUGGAUGCAAUGAGAAAUCUUGGGCAUUACAUUGUUACAAAACCGGCUAUGACUUUUGGUACAACAAAGUCAGCACUCCUGUCUCAGGUUGUUGGUCGCCCAGAAUAGGAGUGUACCUGGAUCAGAAAGCAGGUGUUCUGUCUUUCUACAGCGUCGCUGACACCAUGAAUCUCCUUCACAGAGUCCAGACCACAUUCACCGAGCCUCUGCAUGCUGGACUUUGGUUGUACUGGUCUUCUGGAUCAAACGCUGAGUUUUGCAAACCAAAAAAGUGGUGAUUUAAGGGACAAUGGGUGUUUGGUGCUGAGAGCUGAUUGUUCUCAGUUGUCGAUCAAACUUGAUGUAAACUGCUUUUAAGUAUUCUCAUUUGUUGUGUAAAGGUUUGAGUUUGUUGAAGUAACAUUCCUACCUCUGUCUUUUUAGCCGUGGAGGAUUAACUUUUGAUGGUUUUUGUACACCUGAACUGCUUUUCUCUCAGCAUGAAAAAAUAACCUAGCUUCUGCUCUAAAAGCCAUUUGAUCAUUCCAUUGAUUUAUUUGUAUACUGUAGUUCCUGUUCAACAGAGCAUAACGAGAUAAACCAUCCAUCUUUCCCAUGUGCCCUGAAUGCAGCAUUGCUAUAGCUGUAGUGAAAGGAGUGGAUACGCUGAUAAUAAUAUGGAGGAGACUUAAGGCAGGAAACUUUUUUUUCUAAAGUCUGAUGUUUUUUCUUGGAAUUUGAGAUCAAAGCAUGGAUUUAACGAUCAAAGCAAGAAUUCUGCAAGAAUUAUAAGAUCAAAGCAAGAAUUAUACGAUAUUAAAUACCAGAAUUCUGAGAUUGAAGCAAGCAGCCACAAUCAAAUCAAGAAUUCUAAGAUCAAAACAAUAAUUCUGAGAUUAAAGUCAGAAUUCUGAAAUAAAAGAGAGAAUUCUGAGAUAAAAGCCAGAAUUAUAAAAUCAAAGCAAGGCUUCUAGGAUCAAAACCAGAAUUCUGAGAUUAAAGACAAAUUUGAAGCAAACUUGAAUAUAAAAGUUUGUUUGGCAGCUUUAUUUUGUUACUGUUUAAAUUGAUAGAAAAUGUUGUUUUAAUAUAAACGAAACUAUGUGAACAAGCGUGGUGACAACCUGUGCCAAUUUACAAUUCACAGUUUAUUUCCAAUCAGUCACCUGAAAUUUAAAAGGCGAGUUCUCAGUGCAGAUACGGAUAAUGGCCUGGAACAUGUUGGCUAUUAGGUUAUUAAGUGAGGUCUUUGUAUUGUGUGUGGAUAUGAGGGAACUGGUUCCCACUCCUAGUCAUUCUAACACACCCAGGAUUGUUUUAAAUAAAAACAUCUGAAACGUUCA